GUGAGGUUUCUCUGAACGAGGUCCUGUAGAAUGUAGCAUCGGGUCGAUGUAGUAUGAGGUGUUUUGUGCCGGCUGCUUUUCUGGUACACCUUUCGAUGCGAUUGCACGUUGGAUCCGGCAGUGCAGUAGGACUGGAGUGCAUCUUUCUUCGCUCGCCAUAUUUGUUCCGGAAGAUGCCGCAUAUGGCAGCUGGGCAAAGAUUUGACUGUGAAUUUGGGUCCAGAAGAUACUUGUGACGAUCAAAUCUGCCUCGCGAUCCUGUAUAUCUCCUUCCCGCGAAUUGUUCUGUGCAUACUUUCCGACGCAAUCCUUCAAAGCUUCAGCCGCUCAGAAGUCUCAGAUGCCUGUUUGUCUUUCGAAGUCCUUUCGCAGAAGCCCCGGAUGGUGUGUGCACGCUGGAAUUUUACCGAACCGCCACCAGGCGCGAUUAGAGCGCUCGUGGCCCAAAUGAAAGUCUUCUGGGCAGGAUAUAAGUGGACCGUGGAGGUCAGAGAAUAUCAAGACGAUGCUUUUCUUCUUGGCUUUGGUCCUCGACUUCUUUCUGGCGGCCAGUGGCGCGCUCGUGCCGGACCGUGUGUCCAGAAUCAAGGAAUCUAUCGACGCCCCGCCUGCGGGAUGGACGCGGAUCGACCGAGCGCCGCCUCAUCUGUCUGUGCGGCUGCGGAUUGCCUUGAUGCAGGGUCAAUUUGAUGAGCUUGAGCGCCGACUGUAUGAAAUCAGCGACCCGGACCAUGCUCGCUACGGCGCGCAUAUGACGAAACAGGACGUCGAAUCGCUCGUGCGGCCGCGCUCGACGACGCUGGCUCUCGUCGACGAGUGGCUUGCGACAUUCGGAUUCAACACAACCACUCUGGACCGCUCGCCCGCUGAGGAUUGGGUGACGCUGACGGUCCCCGUGCCUAUUCUGGAGCAGAUGCUCGACACUGUGAGUUGUCGACCGACGCGUUGUCAGCAAGCACUGAGCGGAUCUGCAGGAAUACUUUAUCUGGCGACACGACGACGGGGAGCUUCUUGCUCGUACGACGAGCUACAGUCUGCCGGGGUACCUACACGAGCACGUUGAGCUUAUCCAGCCCACCACGAUGUUUGCGCGAUCACCGAAGCGGGUAGCAAGGCCCGCGGAGGAUAAGCAUGCCGUCGACUCUGACUGCGGAACAAUGAUCACGCUCGCCUGUCUGAGGCAGCUUUACAGCGCGGAUGGAUACACCCCGAGGGCCCCCAAGAAGAACGCGAUCGGCAUUACGGGGUUUCUCGAUCAGUACGCUAAUCACAAGGAUCUGGCUUCUUUUUACCGCGAUCAGCUGCCCGAGGCUGAAGGCUCGAGCUUUCGGUUCGUUUCGGUGAACGGCGGUGCGAACAACCAAAGUCUGUCGGCUGCUGGAGAAGAGGCGAAUCUCGACGUGCAAUACGCGCUUGGCCUCGCCUACCCGACCCCGGGGACGUUCUGGUCGACGGCCGGGAAUGGCCCAUUCCACCCUGACGCUCGGGUGCAUGAUCCGGACAACGAGCCUUACAUGACUUGGCUUGAUCAUGUUCUCCGCUCCGACCGCCUUCCGCAGACCAUAACGACUUCCUAUGCGGACGACGAGCAGACCGUUCCCAGUGCUUACGCACGACGCGUCUGCAAGCGCUUUGCCGAACUAGGUGCGAGUGCUGUCUCGCCACCCGGGCGCAUUAACACCCGCACACACGGUAGGCUGUCGAGGUGUCUCGGUGAUAUUUGCGAGCGGAGAUUACGGUGUCGGGGACGGAGAUCCUGAAGCAGAGUCACAGCAAUGUCUCAGUACGACGAGGCAUCGGACAAGAUUUAUCCCAGCGUUCCCAGCCUCCUGUCCCUAUGUGACUGCGGUCGGUGGGACGAUGGGUAUUCCAGAGGUGGCGGCCGCUUUCAGUGGCGGCGGUUUCAGCGAUUACUUUGAGAGGCCAGCGUAUCAGCAUAAGGCUGUCGAGAGAUAUCUCCACAAGCUUCCCCCCAAGACGUACGAGGGACUGUUCAAUCGGGGCGGAAGAGGGAUCCCAGACGUUUCGGCGCAAUCUCACAAGUUCUCCAUCUACUGGCAGGGGAGCCCGAUCACCAUUGGCGGCACCUCGGCCUCAGCCCCGACCUUCGCGGGAAUCGUCGCCCUCCUCAACGACGCACGGCUGGCCCGGGGCCGACCGGCGCUCGGAUUCUUGAACCCGCUGUUGUAUAAACGUGGGGUACAUGCGCUGAAUGAUAUCGUCGAGGGGAGAAAUCCGGGCUGCGGGACCGGUGGAUUCAAUGCUACAGAGGGUUGGGAUCCUGUCACUGGACUUGGGACGCCCAACUUCCGGGAGCUCUUGAAGGUCGUGCUGUGAAGCGCUGAUAUCGUCAAUUGCAUGCAUGCAAUGGAUUCUGAUCUGCGUAGAUUGUACAUAUGAGACUCCGAGAGCGGACCGGCGGCCCCGUACCUAUCUUAUUGAUCGAUCGUACUAGUUGUUGACAGCGUCUACCGGCAACGCCCGUUAUCACCUUAGCUAUUGCGACCGAAACGAAAACCCGAUUUUUUUCCCGGACCAACGCCAUUCCCUGCUAUACCCCUCUCUCUCUCGGUGCCUAUUUUUGAAGGCGGCUUUUCAAAUAUGAUCCCGCACACACGGACAGAUUCUCCACACGCCGGACACGAGGGUCCAGCCGGGCCUGAUGACACCGAUCUUGCGGCUGGCGUGAUAUCUCUGAUUGCAGAUCGUCAAGGCUUCAGGAACAGCCUUAUCGACCUGCUUGAGUAAUUUUAAGCCUCAACUUGUUGGUGGGUCGCGCGCGCUUGCAGGUCCGGCCUUGCGCCCGUGUUCCCCGCCCGUCCAUUCGUCUGUUCGUCGGCCCACGCGACUGUCCGAUGCCUGGGCCUAUCGUCAUUGCCAACACGAGCGAAUUCCCGCUGGACCAGGCCAUUCCGGACGUGUAUUUUACGCGAGUGGAGAACUACAUCCUAUAUGCGACGGCGACGCUGCUUAUCUACGAGAUUCUGGUGACCUUCGAUCAAGAGGUGGAACGCGUCUGGUCGUGCGUGGCGUGCUGCUCUCUUCCCAGAAUUUUUGGGCUCACAUUUCGAUCGCGCAGUCUCCGAUGGCGCCUGCCGAAGUUUCUGUUCUUCCUGAAUCGAUAUGUGGCACGAAUACUUCUAAUCAUGAACUGGAUCUCGAGCGCGUGGCCGACACCGUCGCCAGAGUUCUGCCACUUAUACGUGUACUGGCAAGCAAUUCCGUCACGGCUAGCCAUCCUUGCCGCCCAAGCAGUGAUGGUCAUCAGAUUGUGGGCCAUCUAUAACAACAGUCGGCUCAUGUUCGUGGUUCUAAGCACACUGUUCGCAGCGGAGACGGCGGCUCUCGUAGGGUUCUUGUCCUUGGCAAUCCAAGAAACACAAGGAGCUCUGGAUCCCCAGCCACUAGGAUGUGAUCUUCGUCCGCUGAGCCCUCAUCUAGGCCAAUAUGCCAGUGCUACUUGGAUAGCUCCCGUCUGCUUCGAAUUGAUCAUUGUCAUCAUCACGUUGCUGAAAGUGACACCUCCUCUCCCCAUGAAAUACAUGAGACGGUGGCCCAUCCUGAUCAAGAUAUUCCCCUUGGCAAUAGGUCCCGGCAAUGUAACACUGGAUCUGCUUGCCCGAGAUUCUCUAAUUUACUUCGUGCUGAUAUUUGCUCUCACGCUUGCCAAUGCGCUGUUGUACGAAAUCGCGUUCGAUUCUUAUUUCCGAUCUGUCCUACUCGGGUACGCAACCGCGCAUAUUUCCCCGAACUCAUCAUGACCAUGAGCCAAGCCCGACGGCAGCAAUAUCGUGCAUCGCGGUGUCGAGCAUGAUUAUCAAUAUCCGCUCGAUGCAUGGACCCGCGAUGAGCGAAUUCGACACCGAGCUCCGGCAAUCCAAGACCACCACGGCAGAAGCCGGCAUGCUCGUUUUCGCCGACUCGUACGCAGCAGACUUCGAUGUGGGCAUCUCGCCUCACGCGACUUCGCAUCGCCCGCGACGCUCGAGCGCGAGGGGACGUGUGACUAGCGAGGAACGAGACGAAGAAGAAGACGGAUUGGAGAGCGACGAGUACGAGGCGUACGAGCUGAACGAGGUGGACGAGAGUUCUGUGAAGGAAGUGUAGGAUAUCUAUUGCUAUGUAUUCAGGUUCUUUGGGGUCAGUGUUGGACAUCGAAAGUUUCGAGACCAAUCUAGCCACGUCCAGGACUCGAAAAGCUGGGAAAAACGGCGUCAACACACACAAUUGAACAAACCAUCGUGACCUAAACAUUGAUCUGGGUCGGUCCAGUGGCGUUCAUCCGACGGAUGCAAUGGAAACAAAGUUGACUGCGGAGCGGGGGAAGAUGUUUAUAUAGACAUGGAGUCCACACACACGCGCCACACUUGCUAGGUCAGCAGUGACGACGUGCCAGGCCCGAGAACGUCCGGCGAAAUGCUGAUUGGGCGUCGGGAUGUCGAGGGCAAAUCCGACAGCGAGGCGUUGAGACACAUCGAUGGAUAUCUGCCAGCAUCACGGCUGGACUUGCUGGUGCCGAAGCGCCUUGCGAUCGCCAAAGUCGCAGGCUGGGUGUUCGAAAGGGAAUCUCAUGCGCGGGUUCGGGCUCCAUGAGAUCUGGAGAGCAUGGCGAUGAAGGGAUGGAUCACAGAGAAUGGAAGUGAGCCCUGCUGGAUCCAGCGAGAACAUCAAGACGUGCUGGGAAUGCUUGAAAGACAGCCCAUCAGAACGGCAGGGCACAAGCACAAGAGGACGCCGCGUGGCCGGCGCUUCAGGUUCAUGACAUUCAAUACUUGCCGGACGAAAGUUUGGCCCGGCGUCCGUCCCCUCUGGACCAGCCAUCUAGAUCCUCGCCGGAGACUGCGGUGCUAUCGACUGGUUUCUGUUCUUGAUUUUUCGAUCGGUCUAUUUCGCGAUCGCAAUCAGUGGCAAGUACGACGCAGGGACACGGAGCAAGUUCCCGAUAAGCUAUGUGCUGAACGAGAUGCGGAGGGACCGAGCUAUCGAGGGAUCCGGGUGCAGGGAGGGCUUGAGGAAGAAACGUGACCCCACAGGAUCUCGACUCCCAGUCUCGAACACGGUUGAUGUGAAAAACCAGAUUUGUUGCCGGCGCCCUGAUACAUAUACAUAGCUUACAACUUCUGACGCUCGAUCGCGAAGACAAUUCUCUUCGUUUUCACACCCAAAAUCCUCGUCCAGCCCUGGAGUCGUCUACUGCCACCACCACCACGCCCACCAUCCCCACCGUAUCCCCCUCCUUCGCUAAAAUGGCGCGCACGCACAGGCGAUCGCCGUCACCGGGCCCCACCGACGCAACGCUCGCGAAGAAACUGAAAUCGACGCACGUCUCGCAGGUCCUACCCACGGUUAACGGAUCCCCGUUCUCGAACGGGCAUGUUAACGGCUCGAAUGGACACACACCCGGCGCACCUGUCGACCCCACGUCGCGUUUUGCCGAGGACGUACUCCUACACUCCACAAUCGCCAAGCUGAAUUCGGCAUACGAAGGGAGCGCUCCGUUCAAGUACGCGGUAGUGGAAAAGCUCUUCCAGGACGACCUGCUCCAGAAGGUCAAGGACGAAUGCAUGAGCGAACUGAGCUUCACAGAGAAGGAGACGGACAUCUACAAGGUGAACCAAACCGGCGACCUGGCGUCGCUGAACUUCCUCACGUCCUCCCAAAUAUCGCUUCUCCCGAGUCUCCUCGCGCUGCGCGAUGCGCUCUACUCCCCCAAGUUCCGCGAGUUCCUGCGCGCCGUGACAGGGUGCGGGCCGCUCUCUGGCACGAAACGCGACAUGUCCGUCAACUCGUAUACGCGCGGGUGCCACCUGCUGAACCACGACGACGUGAUUGGCUCCCGGCGCGUCUCGUACAUCCUCUACAUGCCCCUGCCGCAUUUCCAGUACUGGCAGAAGGACUGGGGCGGGGCGCUCGAGCUCUACGCAACCGUCGUUGGCCCCGACGGCGAGCGCGAGCCCGUGUGCAUGCCGAGCAAAAGCAUCCCCCCGAGCUGGAAUCAGUUCAUCUUCUUCGAGGUCCAGCCGGGCGAGAGCUUCCAUUCGGUGGAGGAGGUUGUUGUGGGUGGAGAAGGCGAGGACGGGCGUGCGCGGUUGAGCAUCAGCGGGUGGUUCCACGCUGCGCAGGAGGGCGAGGACGGGCACGUUCCGGAACCAGCGGAAGGUGUGCCCAAAAGCUCGCGUGAGCAGCUGGCUAUGAGCUCGACUGCGUUCAAAGAAUAUCCUACAGAUCUAGAGCCUGAGGAGGCCUUGUCGGAGGAACACACGGCUUUCCUCUCCGAAUUUCUAAAUCCAGUCUAUUUGCAGCCGCGCACGAUGAAAGCGCUCGCAGCCCGAUUCGUGGAAGAAUCCUCGCUGGAACUGCACUCGUUCCUCUCCAAUGAUCUGGCACAUGCUCUGGGGCCGAGAUUACGCGAGCUGGACGCCGCUGAUGGUCUAGGCCCAGAUCGACUCGGGAAAGUUCCGCCCCACGAGUCGGGAACAAAGGGAGCGUGGGAUAUCCGGGGGCCACCCCACAAGUGGCGCUACUGCACGCUUCGGCCCCACGACGCGUUGGCCCCGGUGCAGGCCGUGACACCCCUGGCUGCCGGAUCGUCCGACGACAUCCUACGGGCUGUCCAGGACGAGCUGUUCUCCUCGCCAGCCUUCCGAGCCUGGAUCGCGAUUGUCUCGCGAUUGCUCCCGACACGAUAUGCAGUGGAGGCCCGGCGAUUCCGGCCCGGGUUGGACUACACCCUUGCGACGAGCGAAGAGAAGGAGGCCCGGCUGGACGUGGUGCUCGGACUGACGCCGGAGGUGCUCCAGGAAGACGCCGGCCCAGAUCCAGCAGGCAAGAAACGGACUCGCAAAACCCGGGAGGUCAAGCCCCGCGGCUGGCAGGCAGCAGAAUGGGGCGGCUGGGAAUGCUACAUGGCGCCGCACAACGAGGAGGACGAUCCCGCCGUCUACCGCGCGGGGACCAUCAAAAAGCCUGCGAGCGCUAAUGCCGAUACGAACGGGCACGCCAAUGGGAACGAGGACAUCGAAGAUGGAGACUCGGACGGAGAAGCCGAGGGACGUGAAUCGAUGGAGGUCGACGGUGAAGAGGAAGAGGACAGCACCCUGCUUACCGUUCAGCCGGGGUACAACCGGCUGUUGCUGGUUCUGCGAGACGAGCGCGUGAUGCGCUUCGUGAAGUACGUCUCCGCGCUCGCCGAGGGCUCGCGGUGGGACGUCUGCGGUGAAUACGAGGUCGGGAUGGUCGAGCAGGACGCGGACGGAGAUGGAAGCGCCGACGAGGACGAGAACGGGGCCGAGUGAUCGAUCUACACUAUCUUUUCAUCCUACAUACAUAGUCGUACUCAUACUAUUCAGGGGUAUUCGAAACGAACACGCUAAUCACGGGGCAUGUAGUCUGUAUCCAUCCGCCUUUCUUAUGUAUAACCUUUGUUUUCCCCCGGUCUCCCUGGGCAGCGCCUCAGUUCGUUCAGCCACUAGAGGGAUGCAGAGUCGAUCAAGUGCCCCUUCGUUCAACAUAUAGCAUAACAACUUCUUGUCCAAGGCUGCAACUGCACUAGCUGAAUCACAAUCCUGAACCACAGCAUCCGAGCAGUCUUCUCAGAAGGAAAUCACUACACUCCAUCAACCAAUUAUUACGUCGUGCAUGCACUCACUAGUGCUGUCCAAAAGUCAUUACUGAGAUGGCAGGGAUGAUGCUUCGACGGCUGCAUUUCUGAGAACAAUUCCAAGAUUCGGAGAUCUGCAACCUCUUCGAAUCUUCUCGUGGUAAAAGUACAUAGCAAGGAUUACAGAGCGAGCGUAAGAUAGAUAUGCGGCAGUGGCAGAAGUCGAACGAAACAGAAUCACUUGGAACCAAAUGAGAAGCUGGGCGUAGUAGAUCCAUUGGCUCCAGCCGCGGGCGCAGUCGAGUUGCUGCCAAAGCUGAAAACAGGCGCAGGCGCAGUCGUCCCUGCACCAAAUGCGCCCGGUUUCACACCGAACGGACUGCCCGCAGGUGUCGUCGAGCCACCAAAAGCGAACGUACUCGCCGCGGCAGGUGCUGGUGUGGCCGCCGUCCCUGACGUCGCUGCCGGUGCAGCCGUCGUCGACCCGAAUGCACCCGUUGCAAACGGACUGCUGGCCGGUGUCGCAGCGCCACCGAAUUUGAAUGCACUAGCUGGUGCUGGUGCUGUCGUCGUCGUGGUGCCGUCGCCGCGGCACCAAAGCUGAAACCGCUAGCUGGAGCCGGCGUCGCCGUCGUCGGAGUGGUGGCCGGUGUCGAUCCGAAUCCACCCGCGACCGCACCCCCAAACGCAUUGGCCGGCGGCUGCUUCACCUCCCCAUCCUUCACGUUCGAAAAACUGAAACCCGUCGUCGCUGGCUUGUCAGCAGCACCACCGCUCCCAAAUGCAAACGGCUUAGGAUCCCCCAACGCGCCAGACAGACUGGAUAUGGCCGCAGGUUGACUACCGAACACAGACGCCGGGCCAGCACCACCAAACACAGAGGGUGUCUCAGCUGCUUUGCCACCAAACACAUUCGCAGUCUCAGCGGGCUUCCCGAACGCAGACUGUGCCGGCUUCCCAAACGCAGAUUCCGUGUCAGCCGGUUUGGCGCCGAAUGGUGAUGCAGAAUCUCCAAAAGCAACAGCCGGUUUAGUCGUCUCCGCGGGCUUUGUCGCAUCUGCUCCCACCAAUGGCGCAGUUUUGCCAGCACCGAAAGCGGACGCGAACGCCGUCGAUGAAGGGCCCGCAGUGGUACCGUCCGCUGGCUUAGCACCGAACCCUGAACCACCACCAAACGCGAAAUUGGGUGCCUCCGCUAUUGGCGGCACAGUGGUCGCAGCUGCUGCUGGUUUGGUUGCUGCCGGUUUAGCAUUCGCCGUCACCGCCUUGAACGAAAAGCUUGGGGUCGCAGUGGCAGUUGCAUCAGCGCCAGCCGCAGGGGCGGCUACAGGGGCAGCUUUCACCGGAACUGGGGCGGCCAACGCAGCGGGUUGGGGUUUCGCAGCCGGAACACCGAAAGCAUUAUUCGUCGUGGACCCAAACGCACUGCCAGCAGGAGGAGCAAACGCACUACCACCAGCCACCGGCGGUUUGGGAGCGCUGGAAGGGAAGGCCGACUUUGCUGCUUCACCAGCGCCUGCCUUCUCCGCAGGUUUACCUGCCAUCCGAGAUAACAACGAUCCGCCGGAUGCAGGAGCCGGUGGUGCCGGAGCCGGAGCAGUUGCCUUCUGGCCAAAGGAAAACGUAGGUGCAGCUGGCCCUGACGGUGCCGGUGCCGGUGCCUUCUGAGGGAGCCCAAACGCCGUCGACGCCGGUCCUGGCGCUGACGGUGCUGAGGCCGGUGCCGAUGUCUUCUGGCCAAAUCCAAACGGCGAUGCAGCUGGAGCUGGGCUCUGCACCGGCACUUUCUGACCAAACCCAAACGCGGAGUCGGAUGUUUUCGCUACUUGAGGUACUUGAGCAGACGGGAACGGAUUAGCAACCCCCGGUGCCGGUGCCGGUGCCGAGGCUGCUCCCGGCGUUGGAGAACCGAAAAAGUUGUUAGCGGCCGGCAGCUUCGGCGCUGUAGGGGCCGCCGCUGGUGCAGCGAAAAAGUUGGUUGUAGCAGGCUUGGUAGCGGCAGGUGCAGGCGACGAGGAUUUUGCUGCGGCCGUCGCCGGCGCCGCAAAAAAGUUGUUGCCAGGCUUCGCUGGCGGCGCCGCAAACAAAUCUUUCCCAACAGCAGCAGCAGCGUUGGGUUUCGCCGCGUCCGCCGCUGGAGUAACAGUUUUCGGGGCCCCCAGUGAGAAAAAGUUGUUGCCUGCAGGUUUAUCGCCUGGCCCGGGUUGGGCUGCUGGGCUGCUGGCCGUGGCAUCUUUUGCAGGCGCACUACCAAACGAGAACGGACUCUUGCUUGCCCCCUCUGGUGCUGGUGCCGGUGCUGGCACGGCCUUUGCCGGUUCCGGCGCCGUGAUCGCAAUCGUAGGCACCGUCGCCACCGCCAGCUUCUCCUUUUCCUUUUCCUUCAGCCGAGCCUGGUUCACCUCCCGCAUCUUGAGCAUCGCCUUGGCCUCGAGAUCCUGCUUCUCCCACUUGGAAAACGCACGCCGCGGACUCGGUCGGGAAGCCACAUUGUUCGUGCUGUCGACCAGAUUCGC